UGGCACAGGUAUAUCCAGCGAAAUUUGCUGAAUUAGACCUCUUCUAACGAAAUUUACUUUUGCCGACGAACUUUCGUCGGGAGAGAUCUAAUCUUGCAAAUUUAGCCGGGAUAGACCUGUGCAAACAAAUAGUCAUCGGGAGGGGUUUGAAAAAUCGACCUCGGCGGCCUGGGAGGGUCAGGGCGGCGCUAGGAGGGUCUGGGCUGCACUAGGAGGGUCUAGGCGAGUCUAGGCGGCGCUAGGCGAGUCUAGGCGGCGCUAGGCGGGUCUAGGAGGAGCUAUGCGGAGAUAGGCGGGUCUGGUUCUUUAGGGUUUAGGGUCUGGGUGCCAGGGUGGGUCUGUCGCAUUUUUCCCAGCUCAUGUUUAGCAAGUUUAAACUUCCUUGGAAACGGGGUCUGCAGAUUUUUGUUCCUUCUCUUCUUCCCUCUAUAAAUUAAAUUGGCUUUGCUUCUGCUGAGCCACAGGCUGUUUCUGGGUUCUGCAGAUUGUCCUUCUUUGACUGAUUCGAAGAAUUAAUGGGUGAUGUCUAUAUUGAAAAUGAAAUAUCUGAAAUGCCUCUUGCAGCCUAUAAUGAUACUGUGUGGAACACAAGUCUUCUUUUUGAUAGUCUGGGAUUCUACUCAUCAAUGGAUGACAUUUUCACCCGUCUAUUGACACUGGCUAGUUAUAUAAGUCGUCGAUUAAUUCAAUUUAUUGAGGAUCUUGCGGUCAGAGAUGCUGAUAGAUACUCAGAUGAUUUGCUGGUCAUUUCUGCUGGACAGCAUAUAAGAUCAUUGAGACAUGGCAUUUGUAAAUCAUUUUCUGAAGGUUGUUCAUCAUCUUCAAAACCUUGUAACCCUGAAACCUGUGAAAGAAGAGCCUCAGAGCCUACGGAAUAUACAAGAUCUGAAAUUGUAGAAACCAACUUCAAUUAUACAGAUGCCCCCUUCAUUUUUAAAGGGUAAUACCGUUUUGUGCUAUUAGCUUUCUUCAAUAUCAAUCUUUGAAGACUUGAGUAUGCAUUAAAUAACUGAGGUCAGGCAACUAAUCUAGUUUUCAUGAGAAAACAUCAUGAGCCCAUCUACUUUUAAG